CCGCGGAGUUUUACAUUACCACGAACGACCACGAGUCUCGACCAGAGAUAUUACGUUUUAUAUUAUAUAAUUAGUACUGUCGUUAACGAGGCGAUCGAUCGCCUUCAGUUCUGCGUUCGCUUCGGUUCCGAGCUCCCAAACUGCCGUCGAACUUUCGAUCGAUUUCCCGACGACCGCUGACAUUAUUUUGCAAUACUGUACAGGGAAAAUGUUAUAUAUUAAUGUCGCUGUUUGCCUAUCAAUUCUUCUGUUUGUGAUUGGAUUAUCCGUAGGAUUGAGCGUGAACACCUUUAAAGGACGUGACGCUCUCGAUUCGGCACCUCUUAUUGAUGGCCAUAACGAUUUACCAUACAAUUUGUAUCAAAUCUUGAGCAACAACUUAUCAGCCUUCCAUUUCGAAAAUGAUUUGAGGAAUGACAGUGUCUGGGGAAGAAACGCUUGUUUGUCAUGUUUCACUGAUAUACCCCGCUUAAAGGCAGGAAAAGUGGGUGGACAAUUCUGGGUGGCAUACACAUCAUGUGAAUCGCAAUAUAAGGAUUCUGUAACGUUAACGUUACGUCAGAUUGAUGUAAUCAAGAGAUUAAUUCAGCGAUAUCCAGCCAACUUACAACUGGUCACUGCCGCGGCGGACAUUGAGACCACAUGGAGGAAUGGCAAAAUAGCAUCUAUGAUAGCUGUCGAAGGCGGUCAUUCACUAGAUUCGAGUUUGGCAAUCUUAAGACUCUAUUAUGAUCUCGGAGUUCGUUAUGUCACCCUGACACAUACCUGCAAUACACCGUGGGCCGAUGCAUCAAUUGUAGAUGAAGGAUAUGUUUACAAUCUGACAAAAUUCGGGCAAACAGUAGUUUACGAGAUGAAUCGAAUUGGAAUGUUAGUCGAUCUGUCUCACGUUUCUCACAAUGUUAUGAGAGAAGUGCUCGCAAUAACAAAAGCACCCGUCAUAUUCUCGCAUUCGUCCGCUUUCAAUGUUUGCAGACAUUACAGGAACGUUCCCGAUGAUGUCCUGCACCUAGUCAAAAAAAACAAUGGUAUUGUUAUGGUAAAUUUCUACAGUACUUUCGUAAAUUGUAAUUCUUCCAGAAACGCGACAAUGCAAGAUGUCGUAGAUCAUAUAAAUCAUAUUCGAAAUCUUAUCGGCGUGAACCAUGUGGGUAUUGGCGGAGAUUAUGAUGGUGUAAACACAAUGCCGAUAGGUCUGGAAGAUGUUUCAAAGUAUCCAGAUCUUUUUGAUCGUUUAUAUGAGAAUCGAGAAGGAGAACCAACAUGGACUAGAGAGGAUUUAGAAAAAUUAGCUGGAAGAAAUUUUAUUCGCGUUUUCCAAGCAGUAGAAGCUGUACGAGAUUCUUUAUCGUCCGAAUCACCUCGAGAAAAUAUUAUAACGGGAAACGAAUUAUACAUUGCACAAAUGAGAGAAGGACUUAGUCCAGGCGCAUGUCAAACCGCAAAAGAAUGGCGUAAUGUAAAUGCAACAUCAGGUACUGAAGAGAAGAUUUCAGGAAUUCAUUAAGACUGAAGCCAUUAAGGAUGAUGAAAUUAUCAUGAAGAAAUCUAUUAAGAGUGGAACAUCAUUCCAUGUGGACUCAAGUUAAAGUAAAUAGUAUGAAAGCAUAUAAAAGCAUAAAACAAUAUGUGAUAUUUUAUUAAGACGCAAUUAAUAUUAAA